GGACAUCAUCACGGUCCCGUUCCUGGAGACAACAAGCUAUCUCCGAAAUACAAACAUGGAACCAUCCCCAAUCUCUGACAUGACAAGAAUGCGACACGGUGGCCUGGUCUCGGCUCCUUUCCACCAGUCGCGUUGGGAGAAACCAGCCGACAUGGGAUUUGGCACGUUUCCGCAUCUCCCCCUGGGUACGGAAGGAGACAUGGGGCCAUGAUCUUUGAUUUCCAAUCCGAUUGACUGCCGUGCUGCUGCUGCUGCGUACUUUUGUCGUUGUGCGUUUCCUUCUUCCCUCUUCCCUCGACGCAGAUGUCCAAGUCCAAACGAGCGUAGCAUACGACUGAAGACCCUAAUCCUUCAGCAACUUAGCAAUGGCUCCAGACCGGUCUGCGAGUGAUCCCUCUGCGGUGUCCCCCGUCGAGGUGAAUGAUAAGGUCGAUGGUGAUGCCAAUGAAGCGGGAGUGGUAGACUCGUCUGAAAAAGACGACCAGGCAGCGAAUAGCGCGCCCACUACUGCUACUGCUCCUGCUACGCAGGCCCCGGAGAUCAAGUAUCCUGGGCCUUGGCUGAGCGCGCUAAUCACCUUCGCGCUGCUCUUGGCUUUAUUCCUAGUGGCGUUAGACAUCAGCAUUAUAUCCACUGCUAUCCCGACAAUCACCGAGGAGUUCCACAGCAUCGACCAGAUCGGCUGGUAUGGCUCUGCCUUCUUUCUCGGCCUCGCCACCUUCCAGGCCUUCUGGGGCAAGGCAUACAAGUUCUUUCCGUUGAAAACCGUCUUCUUGGCCUGCAUUGGUGUCUUCGAGGUCGGGACCUUGAUCGCUGCCCUGGCGCCCCAAAGCAUCGCAUUGAUCGUGGCUCGCGCGAUUCAGGGUGUCGGCGGCGCCGGUGUGACGGGUGGCUGCUUCAUCAUCCUGGGGUUCACCAUCCACCCACGGCAGCUACCUCUGGUGCUGGGACUGACGAGCUCAGUCUGGAGUGUAUCUUCGGUUCUUGGCCCCGUGCUUGGCGGCAUUUUUACUCAAUAUGUGACGUGGAGGUGGUGCUUCUGGAUCAAUCUCCCUAUUGGCGGAACGACCAUCAUCCUGUUACUCCUCUGCUUCAAGACACCUGCCCAUUCACGAGUUGCCCACACGACUAUCAGGGAAGCCCCCUCCUUGUUUGAUGUACCGGGUAUGACAAUACUCAUCGGCACGCUAGUGGCUAUCCUGCUAGUCCUUCAAUAUGGCGGUGUCAGCAAGCCUUGGAAUGACCAAGUGGUCAUUGGCCUGAUUGUCGGCUUUGGCGCACUCUCAAUACUACUCGGAGCUGUUCAAUGGUUUCAAGGAGAGAGGGCAAUGGUAGUACCUCGUAUCAUGAAGCGCAGAACUAUCUGGGUGCUUGCUCUCUUCAAUCUCACUGCCCAGGCCUCUGGUUUCGCCCGAACCUACAACUUGCCAAUCUAUUUCCAGGCUGUACAAGGUGUAUCUGCCUCACAGUCUGGUAUCCGAACGCUACCGACUGUCCUGACAACGUCGGUCUUUAGUUUCUUAGGCUCAAUUGCGGUUAGUCGACUUGGCUAUUACAAAGCCUUCCUGAUCGUCGGCGCCAUCUUCCUGACCAUCGGGGGUGGACUGAUCUAUACACUGAAACCUGAAUCUGGGCCUGGCAAGUAUAUCGGCUACCAGGUCUUUACCGCCAUCGGCUCGGGUCUGGUCAUUCAGCUCAAUGUCAUCGUCGCGCAAGCCUUGACUGCUCGAAGCGACGUGGCGGUGGCAACGGCGAUUGUUCUAUUCUGGCAGUUCAUCGGCGGCACUCUCGGCGUGUCGACGGCCGAAAACAUCAUGAACAACUACAUUGUGCAAUCCAUCCCCACCAACAACCCCAACGUCACUGCCGCUAAAGUCCUGGCUACAGGCGCCAACGAUCUCCGCACCGUGUUCCCGGACCCGGCUGAUCUCGCCAUCGUUGUGGACGCGUAUCUACGCGGCCUCCAGGCGGCAUGGAUCUUCGGCACUGUUCUGACCGGGCUUAGCUUCCUCGUCGCCCUGUGUGCUGAGUGGAGGAGCAUUAGGCCCGAAGACGUUAAGAAAGAGGCUGAGAAAAAGGCCGCGGCAGAGGCCGAUAGUGUGUGAACGUGAUUGAGUAUUGAAGUGUACAGGACAUCGUCAUGGCAGCUGGGAGUUGUCGUGUAGCGGUGUCCAGAUACGAAAAAGACCUAUUCCCUUUCAGGCGCACUGCAUCAAGGCGCAAUUAGAUUGUAAAAUAAAAAUUACUUAAUGCUAUUGA